AUGGCCGACCGCACCAAGAGCAAAGACUCACUCGUCAUUCUCUCUCCCCGUCCAAUGCCACCUGAUUCUCCCGCAACUGUCUCGAUUGAGUCCUUUGCUCCUCAUGAUCCACACUACAUCGGCGUCCCGGAUAGCGGCCGUCACGCCUGGCUGGUUGUCAUUAGUGGCUUCAUCAACUUUACAGCCUCUUUUGGCUUGCCUGCUUCAACCGCCACUUGGAUUGGCAGCGCGCAGAUGUUUGUUCUUUUCCUUAGUGGUUCUUUUAUUGGCCCUGCUUUCGAUAAAUGGGGUGCUCGUAAGCUCAUGCUUUCUGGAACUUUUCUUUGCCUGGCCGCUUUCAUCGCCUGCAGCUUUGCAACAGAGUUUUAUCAGCUGCUCCUCGCCCAAGGAUUACUAUUCGGCCUCGGCUGUGCACUAUUUGCCGUCUCCGAAUGGUUCGACAAGAAACGCGGGUUUGCUCUCGGCCUAGUCGUCUCUGGGGCAUCCGCUGGUGGAAUUCUUUGGCCCAUAGUCUUGAACAAACUGUUUCUUCACAUUCGCAUUGCCUCGACCCACCGUGUAGCUGCGGCCAUCGCUGUACCUUUGAUGCUACUUUCCUGCGUCUUUGUCAGAGAACGCAAAGAUAUUGCCGGACAUGACACAGCUGGGAAAGGGGUCAAGGCUUCGCAGACGCCCAUUUCCAAGGCAAUUGGGGAUGUGCGCUUCCUGGGACUAAGCUUUGCACUACUCUUCGUCGACUGUGGAAUGAUGGUUCCCUUCAACUUCUUGCCCCAGUACGCACAAUAUCGUGAAAUAAAUGGUACCAUGGCAAACAACUUGCUUGCCAUCUCCUACGCCGCUUCGCUGGUCGGCCGCAUCUUCACGGGAUGGGUUGCAGACCACAUUGGCAGGUUCAACAUUUUACUACUGGUUUCCACCCUGACAAGUGUUGCCACCUUGUGUUUUGCUUGGGCUGCGACGCUACCCACGCUCGUUGUCGUUUCACUCUUGUUCGGGUUUUCCUCUGGCGGCAUUGUUCCUCUGGGCUCUGCUCUAGUUGCGCAGACAACACCAGAUAUGGGCUACAUUGGACUUCGCAUCGGGGCCAUGAUGGCUAUUUGCUCAAAUUAUAUGUUCGAAGCGCAUUAUAUUCUAGCAGAGGUGCUAUGA